GGCCGCGCUCUCGACCGCAGCGCAGCCCAUAGAGCGCCGCGCUGAACGUGAACAGCCGCGUCAACAAUCUUCAUAACAGACUUGCUGCGGCAGAGCAGUCUCAGACCGCGCGGUUCGCGGGAAGGCGUCAAACAACGGCUUCCGAUUGUCAGCUUUGAAAUCGCGCCGCCGCGCGCGGCGCCGCGCGGCGCCGUGGCCCCGGCCCCAGCGCCACAGCGCCGCCGCCGCCGCGCGCACAGCCGCCACCCGCCCGCCGCCGCCCCGCCCGCCGCCGCGCCGCCGCGGCCCGCCCGCCGCGCGCCCAGGACGCGCCUCACCGUAAGCCGCCGCCGCAGGCCCGCAAGGACUAACGCAACCAUGGGCUGGAAGAACGAGCUCUUCCCGCACCUGCCCGACGACCCGAACCCGCGCGUCUUCCUCGACCUCGCCGUCGGCCCGACGCCCGUCGGCCGCGUCGUCAUCAUCCUCAAGGCCGACAAGGCGCCGAAGACCUGCGAGAACUUUCGGUGUCUGUGCACGGGCGAGAAGGGCGUCGACUCGAAGGGACGGAAGCUCCACUUCAAGGGCUCGUCGUUCCAUAGGGUCGUGCCCGACUUUUUGCUCCAGGGCGGGGAUGUGGUGCACCCGGACGCGCUCGACCCGAUGAACGGCGCGGGCCAGACGUCCAUCUACCAGUCCGAAGAGAACCCCGACGGGUUUUUUGAUUGCGAGUACAACUCGCUCAGACACGCGGGCCCGGGCGUCAUCUCGAUGGCGAACCAGGGCCCGAACACGAACGGGAGCCAGUUCAUGAUCGAGCUCAGGGCGCACCCCUUCUUCGACCACCUGCACACGGUCUUUGGCGUGUUGUACGAGGGCCUGCCCGUUCUGAGAGUUGUCGAAAGAUACGGCACGCCGAUGAACGGCUCCGAGGAGGGCGGCGCGCCCACCGAACCCGUGCGCAUCAUCAACUCCGGCCAGCUCUUCCCGCCGGGCGAGGGCCCGCCGGACCCGCCGGAGCCGCCCGAGGCGGCCGCGGCGAAGCGCAAGCGCCAGCAGGACCGGGCGAACUACGAUUCGCGGAACCCGCCGAUCCUCCACUCCGUCGAUAUCAAUCGCGCGAAAUUGAUGCCGAACGCGUCGUCGGAGUACGUCGCUUCUCUCUUAUAUCAGCCGCCCGAGGCCGUCGAGGGGAUGAUGGCGCGGAAGCAGACGACGGAUUCCGACGACGAGAGAGCGGUGGAUAAAUUACUGGCGUCGUGGCCCGUGGGCACGCUGGCCACCGACGAAGAGCGCGCGAAGAUGGGCAUGGAGCCCAUGGAUCCUGAGGAAAGGGCGAAGCGCCAGGCCGAGAUCGAUGAAGACCCCGUGAUCCAGGGCGAGAUCGCGCGCCUCGAGGGCGAGGGCCUGCAGGUGAGCGGCCGGCCGCCGCCGCCCAAAGUGCCGAAGCGCAAGAAGAAGAAGCAGAAGAAGCAGAAGAAGAAGAAGGCCUUUGUGAUGCCGCCGCGCGAGCCCGCGCGCCGCGAGUUCUCGCCUACGCAAGCCGACGUCGCCGCCGCCGACGCGGCGCUCAAGAAGAUGGAGGCCGAGCUCGCGGCGACGCUCCAGUCGCCGGAGUCGGCCCCGCCGCCGCCGCCGCCGACGCCGCGCCCGCGCGAGGGGCCCCAGAUCGUGCCCCGAGGGCCGCCGGAGAAGUCGCCGGAGGAGCGGCGCGCCGCCGCGGGCCGCGGCGCCGCCCACGCGCCCCUGGCCACGCCGGCGGCCGAGCCCGUCAAGCCCGCCGCGGAAGCGCCGUUGGCUGCCGAGACGCAGGAGACGGCGCCGGCCGAGCAGCCGCCGGCGGCCGAGCCCGUCGCGGAGCCCCUGGCCGAGACCGCCAAGACCCAGCCCGAGCCGAACGCCGAGCCUGCCGAGCCCGUGGCCGAGACGCAGGAGACGGCGCCGGUCGAGCCCGUCCCCGCGCCCGCGCCGAUGAUGGAGGCCGAGCCGCCGGCGCCGGCCGCGUCGAAGGCCGAACCGGCGCCGGCCGAGCAGCCGCCGGCGCCCGAGCCCGUCGCCAUGGAGACCGACGAACCGGCGGAGCCCGUCGCCGAGCCGACCGAGCCGAUUACUGAACCCGCCGCGGCGCCGGCCGCCGACGCCGUGCCGACGCCCCCCAAGACCGGGAGCGGCGGCCUGGACGCGGAGGUCGAGGUCGAGGACGACCAGCCCGAGCGCUGGCCCUGCUCGGCGUGCACGUUCAAGAACGAGGCCUCGCGCGCGACGUGCGCCGAGCCGCGGCCCGCGGAGCCGGCCACGUCCGCCGUCGAGCUGGCGCCCGAGCCGGUCGCUGCGCCGGCGCCCGAGCCGACGGAGAUCGCGACGGAGGCCGAGCCGAUGGAGACCGAGUCGACCGCGCCCACGACGGAGCCGGUCGAGGCGCCGGUGGUCGCCACGGCGCCCAAGCCCGAGCCCGAGCCCACGGCGGCCGAGCCCGUCGCGGAGCCCGCUGCCACGGAGCCGGCCGCCGAGCCCGUCGCGGAGCCCGUCGCCACCGAGCCGCCGGUCGCCGAGCCGACGAUCGAGACCGUCGCCAUGGAGACCGAGGAACCGGCCGAGCCCGCCGAGCCGCUGGCGCCGAUGGAGGCGGAGCAGCCCGUCGCGGAGACCACGGCGCCCAUGCCGCCGCUCCCCGAGCCCGUGGCCGAGCCGCUGGAGGCCGAGCCGGCGCCGGCGCCGGCCGAUCCUAUGGCCGAGCCCACGGCGGCCAAGCCCGUCGAGCUCGCCGCCGAGCCGCCGGCGCCGGUGCUGGCGCCCGCGCCGGUCGAGGUCGAGGUCGCGCCCGCGGAGACCGAGCCGAUGGCUGCCGCGCCGGCCGCGGCGGCGCCCGAGCCUGCGGCUAUGGAGACCGAGCCCAUCGCCGAGCCCGCGGCCAUGGAGGAGGCCGAGCCGGUUCCCGUGCCCGCCGAGGCGGCCGAGCAACCAGCGGCGAUGGAGACCGAGCCCGUCGUCGAGCCCGUUGAGCCGCCGGUCGCCGAGCCGCCGGCCGAUCCCGAGACUCUGAGGAGCCUGCUCGAGGCGGCGCGGCUCGGCGACAAAAUAGGCGCCUUCGAGGACGAGGAGAUCGAUUUAGACGCGAUCUUGGAGGCGCACCGCGCGGGCGAUUUGAUGGACUUGCUCCGCGAGGUCGGGCUCAAGGCGGGCGAGCGGCUCCGCGUGAAGCGGGCGCUCUCCGCCGAUCCGCCGGCGCCGGUCGCCGCGCCGGCCGAGGCCGCGGCCGAGCUCGUCCCCGCUCCGGCUCCCUGGCUGCCCACGGGCGCGCGGCAGGGCGGCGUCCUGCUGGGGCCGCCGCCGCCCGUGGCGGCGCCCCUGGAGCCCGAGCCGCCGGCGCCGGCGCCCGUCGAGCAGCCGUCGGUGGCCGAGCCCGUGGUCGAGCCGGCAACGGCGCUGCCCGAGCCCGUGGUCGAGCCGGCGACGGCGCCGGCCGAGGCCGCGACCGAGCCCGUGGCCAUGGAGCCGGCCGAGCCCGUGGCCGCCGAGCCCAUGCCGCCGCUCCCAGAACCCGUCGCCGAGCCCGCGGCCGCGCCGGCUCCCGCCGCGCCGCCGGCCUCGCCGCUCGCCGACGCGACGAACGCCGCGCCGCCGGCCUCGCCGCUCGCCGACGCGACGAACGCGUCGCCGCGGUCCCCGGCGACGGGCUCGACCAAGGUGGCGCCGCGCGCCUCCGACGCGUCCCCGGGCGACGCGUCCGCGGCGACCGCGGCCGUCGCGACGCCGCAAGAAGCCGCUCUCUGA